UGGACUGUUUACUUCAGGUUAGAAAUACUAAAAUGAAGUGGUAUGUAUAAAGUGAAUUCUGAAGACUAAUGAUAGGACAGUGUAAAAUUGUGGAGUGUUGUAUUUGAUGAAUGGUGAAUGAAAAUUUACAUAUUUGCACCUUUUAAACAUUUUUUAAAACUUUUUUUUUUUUAAGGUGCUGUGUAAUGUGUUAAGAAGGAUACUUUAAGGAAUGAUUUUGCCAAAUUUUCAUGAGUUAUGGUGGCUGAAAGAUCAAGUUUGUCUUGUGGGAAAAGAAUUAAAUGGCAGCACAAAAGGAAAUCUAUAUUAAUAGAGUAUUUUAUUAAACGAAAGAGGUUAGAUAAGAACUUUAAACUAACAGUCUCAGCAAACAAGGAAAGAAACCUGUUAGCUGUAAGACAUGUUUCAAAUGAAUCGAAGUCCAGUAACUGUAGACUUCAGAAGAAAAAAGUUUUCAAAAUCUUUGUCAAAACAGGUCAGUGAUAAAUAACUCCUCCAGUAAUAGGGCUAGGCCUGAAUACCAUUAUUAAUUGAAAAAUUAACAAAACAGAUUGAACCUGAAUUCAGUUUUUGUCAUAAAAAGUUCUAAAAAUAUCAAAUUAGAAUUAAAUUUUCCUCAAAUUUCUAUUGCCUUGUCCAGAAGUAAAGCAAAUAUCUUUCAGCCUUCAUACCAGCUUUUCUCAUGUCCUAGGGAUGACCGAAACCUUACUUGAAGCAAACUAGUAUUUUUGUUGAAAAUGUACAUCAGCCUCAAAGUUGAUUCUUAAGACCUCCUCAGUAAUAAUACUAGACAUUGAGCAUUCGCACCUACCAGGACACGAAAAUCCUCUCAAAAGCUACUUCAGAAAAGGAGGACCUUACUCAGGAAUGAUGUCCAUUCAGGAGAAAUCAAAAGAAAAUUCCUCCAAUGUUAUUAAAAAAAGUGAAGAUAAGAAUUUAGAAACACAAAUUCAAGGUUCUCAAACGAAUCUGGCAAAAAAAUCAGGUCCAAAGGAAACUGUAAAAUCACUGGUUAAAUCUUCUAGUGAGAGUAAAAUAAAUCAACCUGAAUUAGGAACAUGCAUGAGUACAAGGUCAGCAAAAGCUGCAUCCAGUGAUAAAAAAGCUAGUAAAUCCAUUAACAAAAAUAUGGUGACUGUGAAGGGACAUUCACAACAAGAAUCUACAAAAAAGAAGAAAUUACCUCAGAAAAAGUCAGUGCAUGGAACUCCUAAAUCAGAUGAACACCGGAGAUCACAAAGACUACAACAGUUAACAGAAGUUUCAACAAGGUCUCUGCGUAAUAGAGAAAUUCAGGGUCAGGUUCAAGCAGUUAAACAGACUUUGCCACCAAGAAAAGAGUACUGUAACAAUUCUCAAAGUAAAUCUAGUAAAGUUAAAACAAGUCAAAAACAUGUGAAAAGAAAAGUACCCGAAAUAAAGUCUGACUCUAAAGAGGAUGAAAAUCUAGUAAUUAAUGAAGUAAUAAAUUCCCCCAAAGGAAAAAAACGCAAAGUAGAGCAUCAAACAGCUUCUACUUGUAGUUCUCAGUGCAUAAAAGGAUCUGAAAAGUGUCUUCAGAAGAAUGCUAGAAAAGAGGAAACAAAAUCUGUGCCUGUAACUUCUGAGAUAAAUAGAUCAAAAAUGGUUACUUCAGCAGUCUCUAAAAAGAAUGAGGUGAAGAAGUCAGUUCAUACACAAGUGAAUACUAGUGCAAAAUCCCAAAAAAGUCCACAGCCAUCAGUGCCUGAACAAAGUGUAGGUAAUGAGCUGGAGCAAGUGGGAAAGAGCAAACGAGGUAGCAUUCUUCAGCUCUGUGAAGAAAUUGCUGGUGAGAUUGAGUCCGAUACUGUAGAGGUAAAAAAGGAAUCUUCACAAAUGGAAAGUGUAAAGAUGGAGAAGCCUACAGAAAUAAAAUUGGAGGAGACUGAUAAUGAAAGACAAAUACUUCAUCAAAAGGAAACAAAUCAGGAUGUUCAGUGUAGUCGUUUCUUCCCCAGUAGAAAAACAAAGCCUGUGAAAUGUAUACUAAAUGGAAUAAACAGCUCAACUAAAAAGAACUCCAACUGGACUAAAAUUAAACUCUCAAAAUUUAACUCUGUGCAGCAAAAUAAGUUGGACUCUCAAGUUUCCCCUAAAUUGGGCUUAAUACGAACCAGUUUUUCACUCCCAGCCUUAGAAAUGCAUCAUCCAGCGACUCAAAGUACAUUUUUAGGGACAAAACCACAUAAUGAUAAAAAUAUAGCUUGCCAGCAGGAAGAAAUGAAAGAAAUUAAUUCUGAAGAAGUUAAAACUAAUGAUGUUACAGUUGAAGUUAAUAAAACCACAAAAAGGGCUCCUGAAAAUUGUCGUUUGGAUAAUCAGAUAAAACCACCCCCAGACCCACCGUUGGAUAACCAGAUGAAAGAUUCUUUUGAAUCAACACCAGAUAAGGUAAUUUAUUUUCAUUAUGCACAGUAG